AUGGACGUGAAUAAAACGGGUAUAGACGAGUUUACCGAUUCAUUUUCCCAAGAUGAAAUCAUCAGCGAGUACAAGAAGCUUCUCGAGAAGUACAGACAACUCAAGUCAGCUCACGACGAGGAUCAACAGAAAAUCUACGAGUUGAAACGCAGCUGGGAAACGGCCUCGGCCGCGGAAUCCUAUUUGUCGCAGGAGCUGGAACUCGUCACAGCCUCGCAAACGUCUGAAAUUGAGAAGGUACAGCAGAAAUUUCAGAGUGAAGUGGACGAUUUGAAGAAGAAAUAUUCAGAGGCGACUUCGGACGUUGCCUACUGGGAGCAGAAGUUCGAUGAAUGUCGGGAAGAGAAUGAGGACCUGCGCAGGAAAGUUGAAGAUCUCGAAAAUGCAGAACCCAAGGAACUACCGAACGUUUCGAAUGGGAGUAUGGAGCGUGAGUUGCAGUUGGCGAAGGAGAAUUUGGAGCUCCUGGCAAAGGUCGAUGAGUAUCGCAGUAAAGUGACUUCGUCAAUGAUGGUGAUAGCUGAGCGAGACCGCCAGAUUGAAAUCAUGAAAGAACAACUAGAAUGUUUGGAAGAAAACCUACAGGCGAAGCGAGAAGAACUUGAGGAAAAAACUCAACUUUUGGAGAGUUCACAAGAGCGUGUAAUGGAACUGAGUUCCGAGCUAGCUAUGUUAAAAUCAACACCAGAGGACACGAAUCGUAAGGGUAACUCAUUAUUCGCCGAAGUCGAUGAUCAACGUCAGCAGAUGAAACGUGUGCUGGCGGCACAAAAGAAACAUUACCUGCAAAUGAAAAAAUGUUAUAACGAAAGCGAACAAGAAAUCCGGAGACUGAAACGGGAGAACGCUGCUAUGCACAAGGAAAUGCAAGUCUGUGCAACCAUUUUCUUGAGUGCCGAUAAGCGAUAUAAAGAGAAGCUAAACGAACGUAUUUUGCAACUCCUGAAACAAAAUGAAGGACUAGAGAAGAAACUUAUGUGGACCCAGGAAAAGUUGAUAGCAUUAUCGUUAGACAAGGGAAUUAAUUGGUUAGACUCGAUGUUGGCAUUUUGCAAAACUGAAACUGAAGAACUGAAAGAGCAGCUUCGUAGUAUUCGCAUCCAAAAGGGAAUAGUGGAAGAAAAUCUACAAAAUUCACAACAAGAGCUAGCAAAGUGGCGUUUUGAAGCAUUAAAGUCUCGCUGCAUAAUAAUAAACAGAGAAACCCUUCUAGAGGAACACAAAAUCGAUUUCAAACCUAUUAUUUUCACAAUUUCCGAAAAACAGUUGGAAAUCGCUCAGCCACAAAUAUUCUCAAGGAAUGAAGCCUGUGCAAACAUUAGCCCAACUUCAUCUACAACAACUGAUGAUAAACUAUCGAAUUCUUGUAUCAAUACUGGAGAAAAUAAAGCUCCUAAUAAUUCAGAAGUCAUAAAAGUCGAAAGCCCAGAUGCUAGUGAAGAUGUGCGGGAAACAAAACCACAAAAGAGUUCACCUAUUAUCAAAACCGAGAGGCCGACUUCGAAUGAAAAUUCAACGGUAACAGGUUUCAAUAGCACACCAACAACUUCACGGAAAUUUGAGCAUACCCAGACCAAUCUACCAUCGAAUAUUAGUCUAUGUUCUAUUAGCAGUCCCCCAAUCAUUCAGGUCCAGAGCCCAGAACAUGUCCCUGAAUCGAAACUGCCAGCAGUGAAAUUUGCAACAAACAAAGACAACGUGACAAAAUUGAAUUCAUUUGCAAAGACACCAUUCAAAAAGAAAUUUGAAAUAUACACCGAAGAAUCUGAAACGUCCAAAGAAAGCAAUUCAUUUGAAAUCUAUGAGGAUACGGUUUGCAAGAUGCCCGUGAUCAAAUGCAAAGAUUUGAAUAGUUUGCGAGAAAAGCCCAAAGACGAUAGUAUCAUUUUCUGCGAUACGAUAAAAAGUGAUUUUGAAAUUUACGAAGAUACUGUUUGUCGACUUCCGGUGGUCAAAAUUAAUACCUGCAAUGAUGAGACCAAGGAAAAUGAAGGGUCACAAAUUAUACUCAAAGAGAAGUCUGACUGCCAAGUGAGCUCAGCUAACCAUUUAGGGUCUAUUCUCACUGAACAUAAUGAAAAAUCGUCAAGCCCGACAUCGAUUCUGGUGAAAAAUCGAAACAUCUUAGAUGACUUGAAUGAAGUGAAAACCGUAACUUUCAGCCCAGAAUUGACUACUGAAAUUCAAAUCGACAGUGAAACAGAAUGUAAGGCACCCAUCAAGCCCAGAACUAAGUCACAAGUUGUUGUUAAGCGAAUUGUGGUUAAAUCCAACUUUAAUAAGAAAGAGUAAUUUAUUAGAAGUUAAGAAAUGAAUAUUUUAUAUUUUUUUAUAUUUCUAAAAAAUUAAUACAAUGAAUUAAA